GCAAAUUUUUGGCCAUAUAAAGCCGUAGACUUAAUUUGAAAUCAGCAUCAGUCACUCGUCGACUUCAAAGCACCACUCAAACCAACUCAACAUGUUCCGCUUCAUUGCCAUCUGUGCCCUGGCCACCAUUGCCGCCGCUGCUCCUGGAUUCAUUGAGGAGCACCAUGUGGCCGUGGCUCCAGUUGUGGCCAAGGUGGGUGCCGUGGUGCACAGUGCCCCGGUGGCCACUUCCCACCAGAGCUUCACCCAGUUCCACAACCAGGCGGUGCUCACUCCCGUGGUGAAGCAUGUGGUGCCCGCUGUUCCCGUGAUUAAGACUGUGGUUCCCUCUGUUCCCGUCUACAAGACUGUGGCUCCAGUGGUUCCAGUGGUCAAGCAUGUGGCUCCGGUCUACCCAGUGGUUCCCGUUGUCAAGCAUGUGGCUCCCAUCGUUCCCGUUGUGAAGCAUGUGGCUCCCGUUGUUCCCGUCAUCAAGUCCGUGCCCGUGGUGCAGCACCAGACCUACGUGGCUGCCCCCGCCGUCCACCACGUGGCCCCCGUGUCCGUUGUGAAGGCCCUGCCCCACGCCGUAUCCCACCAGAGCCACACCCAGGUGCACCACCAGAAGACCUUCAUCCCCCCGGUGGUGGCUUCCGUGCCAGUGGUCAAGACUGUCGCCGUGGCCGCUGCCCCACUGGCCCAUGUCUACCACCACUAG